GUUUGUUACUCAAAAGGCGCUUACAUCGAUUCAAUAAAGAAGAUGAAUUGGGCAGAAUUUGUGUUGUCCUAUCUUGUGCACGGGAUUGAAGAGUUUAAGAAGAAACAACAAAGUGGGGUUUGCGGUUGCUUAUUGUUUUUAAUGUUAUUCUACCACGAGCAUAUAUCAUUUGAAGAGAAAUUUCUACCGCUAUAUACUCGACCUUCUCCUCGGAUUACUGCUUGGGGAGAUGAUGAAGUAUUGGACAGGAAACGAAGAUUGAAAAAACUUGGUGGAUAUGCAAAUGAGAAUCUCAAAAUAUGGGUGAUAGAAAAUGAGAUAAGGGAUUGCGUUGAUGGAAAUGCAACGACAAUGGCAAGUGAGAAUGAGGACGAUGAGAAAUUUGUAAUCAAUCUAAACAAAGAUGUUAUUAAACGAGUUGAUGGUGGGAACUUAAUGGAGAUGGAUAAAACCUUUCAACAAUUAAAGACACAACUAAUUGAUAUGGCUUAUGGUGCAAGUAGUAGUAGUUGUGAUCAAAUUUUGGCUAAAUUUGAGGAGAAUUAUACUACAGUGAAAGGUCUCUUCCUUAGAUCAAGUGGAAAACCUUUGAGAAUGCAGAGGAAGGACCGAAGAAUGACAUUCUCUCAUGCGAGAGAAGUUUGGAAGAUACGAACAAUAUGA